UCUGAGAGCGAGAGCACCUCAGCAGUACCGCCAGCACUCGACUCGACCCACUGCACGCCCUACCAGUCACCACCAGAGCAACCUCCACAACCGACAUGUCCACCUACCCGUACCGUGCUCGCGCGGUGCAGAAGUACAAGACGCCGCCCGGCCAGCAGCCCGCCUUCGCCUUCGCACCCGGCGCCGACCUCACCGUCCUGUCGGCUGCCGACGACGACGGCGACUGGCUCGAGGGCGAGCUCGCGACCGGCGACAAGGGCAUUUUCCCCGCCACCUUCGUCGAGGCCGUCGCCGACGACGUCCUCGCAUCGCCAGCCGAGCGCGCGCCCGAGCCGCCCACCAAGGCCUCGCCCGCCCAGGCCACCUCCGACGAGACGCCCAUGGACGACACCAACGUCACCCAAGGGUCGCAGCCGACGCCCGCCGCCGUCAGCGUCAAGUCGGACGAGGGCGCCGCCGCCGCCGAGCCGACUUCCACCACUCGCGCCAACGAGCCGACUGCCCGUUCCCCAACCUCGCCCGUCGAGCAGCCGACGCUCGAGGAUGUCGCGCCUCCCGCCGCAUCUGCGCCUGCACUCGCGCCCGCCGCACCCGCCGCCGCUCCGCCCUCGGCACCUCCCGCCGCAGCGGCCAAGGCGACGCCGCCGCCGCCGGCCAAGAAGCCCAAUGCCCUCGCGUCGCGCAUCGCGGCGUUCCAGCAGGCGGCCGAGGCGCAGAAGAGCAACACACCGCCUGUCCCUCGCGCCAAGCCGCGCGAGUGGAAGCCUCGCCCGGCGGCCGACUCGCCCGCUCCGGUUCCCGCCCCGGCUGUCGCCGCUGCGCCCUCGUCGUCGUCGACUGCCGCCGCACCUUCUGCACCCGUCCCCGACCUCGUGCGCUCGACGUCGUCCGACGAGCCCGCACCCGGCGCCGUGCAGGACUUCUCGGCGCAGGACGCCGCCGACUCGAUCUCGCGCGGCGGCGGCUCGUUGCGCGACCGCAUCAAGCUCCUCCAAGGCGGCGCAGGAGGCGGCGGCGGCUCGGGCGGCGUGCGCGUCGACGCUCCCCCGCCGCCGGGUCAAGCGCCCAAGCCCAAGCCGUGGCGCCGCGCCGAGCCCGAGCCCGAGCACGAGCAGGCGGCCGACGAGGGCGGCGAGAGCGCCAAGGAGGCGGCCGAGCUCCAGGACACGGUCGUCAAGGACGACCAGCCGGGCGAGGACGAGACGACGGCCCAGAGCCCCGGCGCCGAGGUGCCCGGAUUCGAGCCCGCCGAGGCGACGCCCGACGCGCCGCGCAGCGUCGACGGCGACGAGCAGCAGGCGUCGGCCGAGGCGGUCGGCAACACGCCAUUGGACGUGGCCAACGUCGUCGAGGGCAGCGAGAGCAAGCCGGCCGAGGCGAGCGCCGCCCGAGACGCCGCCGCUCGCGCUCCUGAGCACGCCGUCGAGCAGCCCUCGCUCGCCGACGUCACGCCGGCCGGCUCUCGUGUGCCCGCAGCCGCGGCCGUCGAGGGCGGCGUGAGCGCGUCGCCCGAGGAGGCCGACGAGGAGGCCAAGCGCGCCGCCGUCGCACAGCGCAUGGCGGGCCUCGGCGGCCAGCGCAUGGGCAUGCCCGCCCUGCCGAAGCGUGCGGCAGGCCCUCGUGCGGCGCGCAAGGCCAAGAGCCCGGCCGUCGAGACGCCGCCGGCUGCGCCCGAGCCCGAGCCCGCGCCCGCGCAGGAGCCGGCGCCGGCUCCGCCUGUCGAGGAGGAGGAGCAGGCGCCCAAGGGCGACGUCCUCGCGUCGAUGGGCGGCGCGAGCUCGCUCCUUGCGCAGGACGACGACGACGACGAGCGCGUCCAGGCGCCGGCCGACGACGACGACUUUGAGACGCCGGCGCCGCCGCCUCCCGCCGCCGAGGUCAAGAACGAGGUCGAGCACGCGGUCGAGCUCGACGAGCCGCCGCUCGAGGCCGACGAGGAGCCGCUCGCCGCCGAAGAGUACGGCCAGCACGACGACAGCGCCGAGCAGGAGCGCCCGACCAUCGCCGAGGAGGCCGUCGCCGCCCUGCCCGACUCGGCCGCCACCGACGACGGCGCCACGCUCUCGCCGUCCGCGCUUCGUCCGCCUCUCCCACCUCCUUUCGUCCGCCAGCCGACCGACGAGCCUCGUCCCGGCCCGCCGACCGCCGAGGUGCCGACCUCGGGCCUCUCUCGCCGCGAGCCGCCGCCGCCCUCGCGCUCGAUGGAUCCACCUGCGCUCGCGAGCGGCGCCGACACGAUCGUCGACGAGCCGCGCCCGACCGCUCAUGCGCCCGACGGCGAGGCGCCACCGCCGCCGACGAGGAGCCGCCCGCCCGUCCCGCAGACGCAAUUGUCCGCCGUCGACGAGCCGAGCGACCCGGCCACGCCUCAGCACCCUCCCGUCCCGACGCACCCUCCUCCUGUCGGCGCCGACCGCGUCACGACCGCCGCCGAGGACCGCAUCAUCGCGUCGAUGCCCGAGAUCGUCACGCCGCCCGAGGAGGCGUUCGACGAGUCGACGGCGUCGCCCCUCGUCGACGCGCCGUCGACGGGCCAGAUCGCCGAGAGCCGCGCCGAGAAGGGCCACGAGCCGGCCGACAUGGCGCAGCCGGUGUGGGGCAAGGUCGAGGGGACGCAGACGCCGGCCGCGGUCGAGAAGGCCGACCCACUCGUGCCCGGUGCGCCGCCGCCGCCGGCCAUGCUCAAGGCGGCGCUCACCAAGGCGCAGGCCGAGGACGUCGGCGGCGCCGACGGAGAGCAGCACGAGCAGGAGGGCGGCGAGGACGAGGACGAGGCAGAGGAGGAGGACCCGGAGGUGGCGCGCCGGCGGGCUCUCGCGGCGCGCAUGGCCAAGCUCGGCGGCCAGGGCAUGAUGCCCAUGUUCGGCGGGCUCGGUGGGCCGCCGCCGGGUGGUGCGCCCAAGAAGAAGGCGCCCGUCAAGAAGCCGACGAACGAGCUCGCCGAGGAGGGCCAGCUCAAGCCUGCAGGGCUCGAAUCUCGCCCCGUCGAGUCUCGUUCGGGCUCUGACGAGGCCGCCCCAGCGCACCCGCCUCGCCGUAUCGGCGGCAUGCCCGCCGGCGGCUUUGCCCUCCCCGGCAUCGCGCAGGCUCGUCCUGCUCCCCCUCCUGUCGAGGCCGAGCAGGAAGAGUCGCGCCCGCUCGCCGAGGACGCCGAUAGCCUCAAGGCCAAGUCGGACGCGGCGACCGAGGAGGCGUUCGAGCGCCACAGCGCGAGCAGCGAGGGGGACCGCCGCGAGCAGCGCGACGAGGUUGAGGGCGGUGAGCAGGAGGAGCCGGCACCGCCGCCUCUGCCCUCGAGUCGCCCGCCGACGAUGCCGCCGAGCCGCUCGGUCCCGGUCCCGGCGGCAGACGCCGAGCCCGAGCAGGGCAACGUCCUCGACGAGCAGCAGCACCACGUCGACGAGCCCGAGUCGUUCGCGCACGACGAGCAGGAGCCCGAGCAGGUCGAGGUCGACGAGGAGGAGAGCGCCAUGCCGCCGCCGCCGCCGCCGCCUCGCCCGGCCGGCGGCCACCAGGCCUCGCUUCCCCUCUCGCCGACGCACGACUCGCCCUCGUCGCCGCCGAUGCGCGCUCCGCUCUCGCCCCGCAUGUCGACCGACCUCGCGCGCACGGCGACGCAGUCGUCUCGUCGCUCGUCUGCCUUUGCCGGCGCGCCCAUCUCGCCCCGCCAGUCGUUCGGCGACUACCCGUCGCAGUCGCAGCCAGGCGACAGCAUGAGCGGCUCGGCCCCGGUCCGCGCCAACCUCGACUCGCUCCUCCAGUGGUCGGCGUCGCUCGGCGCGCAGGUGUUUGCGGCAGCGCACGUCAAGCAGAGCGACAAAUCGGCGCGAGGGCUGUCGGACCGCGACCUGAUCGAGUUCUGCCUCGGGCGUGCGACCGACCCGAUGCCGCCGAGCGGCGGCAGGUACGGCGCCGUCGUGUUCGACGCGACGGUCGAGCAGGGCAAGAAGGCGGCGACCGUGUCGCAGGAGGACGAGCCUCGUGCGGGCGACAUCGUCUCGAUGCACGCCAAGUUCAAGCAUGCGCUGUCGAGCAAGACGGUCGGGUCGGCGCAGGCGCCUCACGUCGCCGUCGUCGCAGCGUGGGACGACAAGAAGGGCAAGCUGCGCGUGCUCGAGGUCGACGCCAAGAGCGGCAGCAUGGUCGAGGGCAGCUACAAGGUCGAGGACAUGCGCGCCGGCCAGCUCAUCGUGUACCGCGUCGCGCCCCGCGACUACGCCUGAGGGCCUCUCUCAGAUUGUUCUCGCUCGCGAGCUGCUCGCGAUGGGCGAAGUAGGCGGUGCGCCGAGCGAGGUUGCUCGAUCAGGACGAGCGUGCGGAGCGAGUCUUUGGUUUCCGCCGAGCGCGACGUAAUGCCAUUCGAGCUGCGUCGGUUUGAGCG